AUGACAUUAUUCGCUCUUAGCCUUUUAAUAACAGCGCCUUUCCUGGUGUUGUCAAGCCGCUGCAGUACACCACCAUGUGGUCGCGUUGAGAAUCACAGUCCAUGGCCAUUGGACUGGGCUGAAUUUGAUGGACUGAAAGUUUUUUGGAAUAGUGACGGAGGUUCAGCCCCAAACACUGGCACAGUACCCUGCUCCAUUGACACCCUGUCCCCUGGUAGCGGCAAGGGUGGCUUUUUCAAUGAUGGUAUUGAUGUUGACGGAUAUAUCGACAGGGACUAUAUUGUCAAGUUUCGUUGGGAUGGAGUAACUAUGGGCGUCCUAAAGGGUCAGUGGACUAAAAUUUCAAGCAGUCAGACUGCGUUGUGUGAUGGUAGUAGCAGUGGAACGGCGGGCUUGGAACGAUGGAUGGAUGCGCCUGGCAGCCAGGCAUUGGGUUAUGCCUCUUUCCGAAAGAGUUAUGUCCGCCAAUCGGUGUACACCAAACCCUCGCGCUUUCCAGCGAUUGAUCUGCUAGUGGAGCAGCAUCACAUGACUCAAGGCUCACGUUCGCCGGCAAUGUGUGCACAGUACACCCUGUUUCACGGGACUCUAUUCCCACCCAUGCGAAUAUUGCCAGCCUCUUUGACCACCUACAUAUGUUAUUUUGGUUUCGUCCCGAUAUUUUGCCAUAGCAAACACCCCAUUCCGGCUGCCACAUCCACGGCCCAGGCCACGCCCCCGUGCCGGGCCCGAGAUCAUCAAGGGUUAAUCUAUCCAGGUUCCGCAAACGGAGGAACGCUAAUAGUCUGGUGGUCUGAUAUUGAUAGUCUAUUACACAUUGAUAGAGUCAUAUUCGUGUUUUGCAAACUUUAUGUCUCUGAACGAUAUCAGCGCCCCAAGGAGUGCCCAUGUUCGUCAGGGAAUGGUGUUUAUAAAACGGCACUAAGCCGAAGUUCCCAAACUGCAAUUUUUUUUCGAGUGUCCAGCAAGGCUAGUUAG